AUGGACGCUGCCGAAGAGUUUGUGGUAUCGCUGCUGGCCGAACGCGAAGAAGAAGAAAGGCGGCGCGAAGCUCGCAGACGUCGUCGUGUUGAUUUCAUCACCGCGGGUAAUGAAGAGCGCGCGCGCCGCAGCAAAGAGGAACUCGGCCAAGUGCUUAAGCGUAGUGCUGGCAUGAUGUCUUGCGUUGAACGGGAGUUCCGGGAUUCUUUGGGUGAGAUGUGUAACUGGUGGGAUCUAAUCAGUGAACAUAUUCUAGAAGAAAGGCGAGAGUGUAAAAAAGCUGUAGAACUACAAAAAAGGCUGAAUUCUAUGUACCUUUCAACCACCUUACGGCGUGAGUUCACUGAACAGUCAUCUGUAGUAGAGAACGAUGAGCGUCGAUUUCUUGAAUUGGUAGAGUUUUGUGAACAGGAAGAAAACCGUACAAAGGAAGAAGUGAUUGAAGAGGUUAUUAAUAGUAUUCUCAUAUCCAUGGACAAUUCCAUAGAUUUUAUGGAGGAACAUGCGCUUGUUGAGUAUGGCCGAAAUAACAUACUUGCAGAUUUGGCACUAAAUAGUUUUAUUCGUAAACACAAUCAUCCUUCCUUAACAGAGAAUGAUAUAGCUAAUAUUGGGUUCUUAUAUAUAUUUGGAUGUCAUCCAUUUCAUAUAACUGGUGAUGCAUUUCUUUUCCUUAUUCACACAAUGUACGAUAAAAUGAACCCUGAACCUUCUGAAAUUACUCGGUAUGACGUCUGUCGUCAACCUGUAUUUUUAAUUGAUGGUCCAAAACUCAGUGGUAAGACUGUUGUCUCUCGAGAGGUUUCUACCAAACUCUCACUCCUACAUCUCACAGAUCGUGACUUGGUAAAACAUGCUAUUGAAGCUUACCGAAACGAACGUGAUGGUUUACCGACACUCCGUACGGUGGAGGACAGUGAGGCACUUCCCGUCCUGACGGCGUAUGAAGAGCGCAACGAGGCGGACGAGGAGGUGGCGUACCACAGCGACGCUCAUGUUGUGCAGGUGGUGGAGUCCUUUGUGCGUCUGAGCCCGUGGGCGGAGGCGGGCGCUGCGAUUGAGGCGGCACUUCUGCGAGGGGAGGCGGUGGAUCCUGCCGUUGUGGUGCGACUGGCGCGACUGCAGAUGUCGACGCCCCCGGCCGUUGGCGGCGGUCUUCUCUUCGACGGCGUCGUGGCGGGGCUCGCGGGGCUGCAGGCGCUCGAGCGGGUCAUUCCCCCGCGGGUCCACCCCCACGAGGGGGCUCUCAAGUCGUGGCCCCCCGCGCCCCCGUCCAGCGGCGACUCCCACAACGGCCCGGCGGGGCCUCUUCUCGUGCGGCGGCUGGAGCCACGGGCGGAGCGGCCUCCCACUCGCUCCGACGGUAAAGUGCGGCCACCAAAGAAGGGCGUGGAUCUCAGUGCACUGCCGCCCCCAGUGCUACCAGAGGUGGAGCGACCCGAACUCACCGUAGAGGAGACGCAGGCUUUGGUGCGAUGGGAACAGCACCUACGCACCCAUACCCACUCCCUCUUCUCAGCAAUUGUUUACAUCCACUGUGGGGUACGAGAAAUUUUUGGUCGCUUUGCAGGACUACGUAUUGACAAGGAAACAUUGGAGCAAUAUCACAUGGUUUUUAAUCCUCCACCACCAGACCGGGUGCCGUAUGUGGUAAACCUCGAUCGUACGCGAACCUCCACCGCACAACUCCAUCGCGUUGUUCUUAGUCAGCAAAAGACUUGGGAACAAAUCCAGCGUUGGCUUUUACGUGAAAAUGGGGAAAAUGAAAAUGUACAUGAAGUAAAUGGUGAACAACAACUAGAAAAUAUUGUAGUUGAUGUUAAACAAAUCUUAGAAAAUGCACAAAAGGAGUUUGUCUUGGGUCUUCAACUUCAUGAUGCAGCACUUGCAGCGAAAGAGCGGCAACAAUACAUAGAAAGAACUAUUACAGAACAAGAGGAAAAUCGUGAAAAUGAACGUAAACGUCUUAUUGCUUUAUAUAAUGAGUGUGGGGCUCCUAUUCCACCAGAGUUAGAGGCUCGACCACCGUUAUCACCAUAUUACAGUAUCCCCAAUGACUUACCAGGGGCAUUUAUAAAUGGACUUUUAACUUUCACGACGAAUUACGAAAAAGAAUAUGCCUGGUUUGGAACUGAAUUAGAAUCAUUGGUAAGUGUUUUAUUAGAACAUCGUAUUUUGGCGAUGAAUGUUUUUUACCGUUUUUGGAAUCAACCGGAUGAAAAACAGUUGAAAUUGGAUUCUUUUACUUCAAAUUACAAUCAACUUCCUGUUGCACUCCUUGGACAGGUGCCAUGCAAGGAGGAAUUACACCUUCUGGUAGAUCACCUAAAGGAUGAACUUUUUCGAAUAGUAGAGUGUACUAGGAAUGAGGCAAAUGCGAAGAUUGAGAAUAUUACAAAAAGAGAAUCAUUUUUAGGUCCUUGGAGUAUGUCGGUGUGUAAUAUUGGUGUUGCAACCGCACAAUUAGAAGUGGAACGAUUUUUGACGACGCUGAAUUUGACUGCAAUGUACUUUGGUGGAGUUGUAUCUGAGCCCUGUAUUUUUGAAGAUCUGGAGUCUGAACUUAUCAUCAUGCGUUCAACUCCGGAGAACGUUCAGGAACAGACAAAAGGGAAAGAGAAAAAGACGCAGGGUACCAAAAAAGGUCCAAAAGUGGAAGAAGUUCUGGAAAAAACAAUUGAAGAUAUGUUUGUAGAAAGCAUCACAAAACUUGUCACCACCGUGACAAAUUAUGUUGAAAAAAUUUUGGGUGUUACCACAGCUGCAACAAAGAUACGUGAAAAUGGUAAAGCUUCUAUUACUUUCACAGAUGAUGGAAAACCGACACUUAUCCUUAGUAAAUGUUUACCAUUUGCUGAGACUGAGUUAGAGAAAGUACAAGAGCGCAUUUCAAUCAUACAACAAUUUUUUAUUCGGCUUCUUAGAGAAGGUGAAGUUUAUUGUGCACGAAUGAAAGAUGACAUGUUAUCACAUACACGUGAAAAACAAAUGAACCAAGCUUCCGCUGUAAACACAGCAAUUUAUGUGAUUCGCAAUGCCAUUGAAGAAGAAAGGUCAAUACCUGAUAUACAUUUGGGUCGGGACACGUUUUACAUUGAUCCUGUGGUAACAGGACGCGCUCCAACUCACCCUGAGCUUGUAACAGAAGACCUUCAGACACUAGUACCAUCUGCAGAGCCAAAGAUUCAUCCCACCCUCACAGUCGCUCGAUUAAUAGAUAUGAUUCAUGCAUUUCAAAGUGUGGCACCUGAUUAUGCGCUGAGUCAUACAGAGUACCUUCAAAUUGUGCGACCAACAGACUAUUCAGGUGCCGCUACUAAAAAUGAACGUCUUAAAACUCAGGAAGAAGUAUUUGCAUCUUUUGACCCAUUAAACUCUGGUGUAAUUGAUUGGCGAGAGUUUGUUAUUCAUUUAUUAUUGUGGUGCGCGCCAGUUCCUGAGGUGACGAGUACUGCAAAAAAAGAGACGACGACAACGGUGGCGAAGAAGAAGGAAGAAGAAGAAGAACAAGAAAAGGAGGAGGAGGAGGAGGAGGACACAAGAAAGGUGGAGAACUAUUACAUCCCUGAGUGUUCCGUAACGCAUUUACUUGAAACGAGGGCAGAUCUCGGUCUUGAGGCAAUUACUCGAGAUGUUUUCUUUGAUAUUCCAUUUUUCUUUGAUAAAUAUCUCUCCGAUGAACGAUUAGAAUCGUAUGUGCGUCUCUUGUGGAUGACCUUCGCUGGUGAUAAGGAAUUUCUUGACCCUAUGCCGCUCUUGGCCAUGCUUUGUAUUGAUCGACAGCCAAUUCGAGGUGCACAAAAAGCGUUUUAUGUACUCUCAACUGCUCAGAGCGGUACCUUGACGAUAGAAGAUAUAGAUCGCGCUUUCCAUGUUCAAGUUAAUAACGCGCGCAAUAUGUGUCUUCCAGACGUUUUUUCUAAAGAGAAUAUCGCCACACUGUAUGAUGGUGCGCCAUCACUCUCCUUCCAGUCUGUUUGCGAGAGGGCAAUGGGGCGUAACAUGCUCAACAGCACAGAAGCCUUUCGCCGCAAGUCUUUCACAACUGAUGCACCUCAUGUAGAGUGA